GGUUGGAAGUAGUCUGUUGCUGAAGAAGGAAAACAAUAUGGCGGCGGUGGAGCUAGACUGGAUCCCUGAAACACUGUACAACACUGCUAUAUCUGCAGUGGUGGACAACUACAGUCGAUCUAGAAAGGACAUUCGCUCCCUUCCUGAAAAUAUACGGUUUGAUGUAUACUAUAAGCUAUACCAACAGGGCCAGCUAUGCCAGCUGGGAGGGGAGUUCUGUGAGCUGGAGGUUUUUGCCAAAGUUCUGCGAGCUUCUGACAAAAGACACCUGCUACAUCACUGUUUCCAGGCCCUGAUGGACCAUGGAGUCAAGGUGGCCUCCGUACUGGCCAACUCCUUCAGCCGUCGCUGCUCCUACAUUGCAGAGUCAGACGCCCACGUCAAGGAGAAGGCCAUUCAGUUCGGCUUCAUUUUAGGUGGCUUCCUGUCUGACGCAGGCUGGUACUGUGAUGCAGAGAAGGUGUUCCUGUCGUGCCUGCAGCUGAGCACGCUCCACGACGAGGUGCUGCACUGGUACCGAGCUGUGGAGUGCUGCGUCAGGCUGCUCCAUGUCCGUAAUGGGAACUGUAAAUACCACCAGGGAGAAGAGACAUUCAAGCUGGCCCAGUCCUACAUGGACAAACUAGCCAAACACGGCCACCACGCUAACAAAGCAGCCCUAUAUGGAGAGCUGUGUGCCUUGCUCUUUGCCAAGAGUCACUACGAUGAGGCCUACAGGUGGUGUAUAGAAGCCAUGAAGGAGAUCACAGAGGGCCUGCCUGUCAAAGUGAUGGUGGAUGUCCUCAGGCAAGCCUCCAAGGCCUGUGUUGUGAAGAGGGAGUUCAGGAAAGCAGAACAGCUGAUUAAACACGCUGUGUUUCUGGCACGGGAGCAUUUUGGACAAAAGCAUCCCAAAUACUCAGACACUCUUCUGGACUAUGGCUUCUACCUCCUGAACGUAGAUAACAUCUGCCAGUCAGUGGCCAUCUACCAGACAGCUCUGGACAUCAGACAGUCUGUAUUCGGGGGGAAGAACAUCCACGUAGCGACGGCUCACGAAGACCUGGCUUACUCCUCCUACGUACACCAGUACAGCUCAGGGAAAUUCGCCAACGCUCUAUUCCAUGCAGAACGUGCCAUAGACAUCAUAACUCACAUUCUCCCUGAAGACCAUCUACUACUGGCCUCCUCCAAGAGGGUCAAAGCUCUGAUCCUGGAGGAGAUCGCCAUCGACUGCCACAACAAGGAGACGGAGGAACGUCUACUGCAGGAGGCCUAUGACCUGCACCUGUCCUCUCUGCAGCUGGCCAAGAAAGCCUUCGGAGAGUUCAACGUCCAGACCGCCAAACACUACGGAAACCUGGGACGGCUCUACCAGUCCAUGAGGAAGUUCAAGGAGGCUGAAGAGAUGCACAUCAAGGCCAUCCAGAUCAAGGAGCAGCUUCUGGGGCAGGAGGACUAUGAGGUGGCUCUGUCUGUGGGUCAUCUGGCCUCACUCUAUAACUAUGACAUGAACCAGUAUGAAGAUGCUGAGAGACUCUACCGACGGUCCAUCUCCAUCGGUAAGAAACUAUUUGGCGAGGGCUACAGCGGUCUGGAGUACGACUACCGGGGGCUGAUCAAACUCUACAACUCAGUAGGGAACUAUGAGAAGGUGUUUGAGUAUCACAACGUCCUGUCCGACUGGAACCAGCUCCGGGAUAGGCAGUUUGCUGUGGCGGACGCCCUAGAGGAUGUUAAUACUAGUCCCCAGCAGACACAGGAAGUGGUACAGACCUUCCUACUGGCCCAGAGCUAUGGGCCUUCACGAGCCUGCCUGGGCUGAGACACACACACACACACAGCAAGAAGCAUCCAGGAUGGGACUGGUUCACCAGCCCUCUCACACCAAUCCAAGGAGCUAACUAAUUAUUUGACUUCUCUGAGAAGAGAACAGAGAGAGAGACGUUUCAUCAUGGAAAUCUCACAAACCGCCACUAUUUUUUUUUUAAAGUUAAUUUUCUUACUUUUGCCUUUUUUUUUUUUAUUUUAAUUUGGGGGUUUUGAUAACUUCUUUUGUAUCUGAACCAGUGUAGCUCUGACCACCAGGAGAAUACACUGUGUCUCACUGUCACUCUCUCUCCGUAGGAGACAUGGAAUACCCUACUAUAUUAUUUUGUCACCUCAGCCCCCUCGUCGUAGUCUACGGCUCGUAGUCAACGGCCAGGGGAUAGUGCGUCGUUUAGGACGCAGACUGAGAAAUGUUUUUACCCAGGUGUCACCACAAAGGUAGGACAAUUUAAACUAAAAUGUGCCAUGAUCUAUAUACGUAUACACACCAUGACUGAUAGGGGGCGCUGUGUUGAAGUCACGUGCCAACAACAUGGCACUCCCCAACCAUUGUAAAAAAAAAUAUUGGAGGCUAAAGAAAUGCAUUAAUGUCUACAUUUUGUUUUUGCCACACUUAUUCAAUUAAACACCUUAAGGGCAUACCUUUUUAAAUUAUGAGAUAAAAAAAAAAUUGUAAAACAUAUUUUGUUCAAAGUAUAUAUUUUUGUUUUAAGUUCUAAUGUUACUGUCCCCACUACAACAAAAUUCCUAAAUACAUGUGAUUUUUGUCCUUGAGAGACAUUGUUAAUUGAAAUAUUGAAGAAUUCCAUUCAUUCCUAUGGAAGACUGCUUCUUCUGUACUAAUAUGGAGGACCCAUGGCUUCAAAAACCUCUCAUUGGCCAAUACACAGCAUCUAUACAUCAUUGGCCAAUACACAGCAUCUAUA